GCAAUGGCAACAUUCCCACCCAUACACACCCAUGGCACCCGAAAUGCGCCGGUGGAAGUGCUUCGUGAGGGGUUUUUUAGUGCCUCGCCAGUAUCACUCUAAUCAGUCUUGAGAUAUCCUGCAAAAAGAACAGUUGAAUAUUGUGCGGAGGAACGUCACAAAAAAUAAAGUCAAACGAAAAUGUUUAAGCAACACUUGGAGAUGAUCGGCAGCUACGAGCCAAUCAGCAAGAAGGCUCGCUUCUUCAACACAUACCUGAAGUCCUUGAAGGGAUCCCAGGAUAUUGUUGCUAAGGAGAAGCAGCGCCUGUACAGCUCUUCCUUCGAGGGUUCCAGCAUCUUCAACGAGUCGAAGCACGCCGUCGAGCGCAUUAACUCUCCCGGAUAUCACUACAACCCGGUCAGCAAGGACACCUAUGGCGUCACCCCGAGGAAGACCGAGAGACGCCCAUUUGUGCCAACCCGUUAAGGUGUGUGCAUGCGUUGGGCACCUACAGUGGGUUCCCUCCAACCGGGGACCACGGUUAGACGUAAGCGAAUCAUCCAAAUUGUGACACACGCACUCAAAAUCUGAACCCGAAACAACACCUACUCUUGGACAGAUUUCGAGAUUCGACGAAAAAAACGACUUUAUUUGGCGACCUCCCCCUGUGAACAACAACAACAACAACAACAUUGACAACAACGCAAAUACCACUGGGUGGAUCGCUGGAGCAAUCCAGGGCAUUCAUCCGGCGGUGUUUAAGUCUCUCUUUUGGCAUUAAGAAAUCGAUAAUUUAAAGAAAAAUGAAAACAUAUUCGACCAACUGUUCGGAACAACAACACACAUACAUGACAAGGCUCCAUCCUAUCGACUUGAGAAGUUUCGACUAGCUGAACAACAAAAGCACACACAAACAAACAAAAAAAGUGGUAGCUCCUCUCCAAGAAAAAAAAAAAUAAAGGAAAAGAACAUCUCUUUUAAGGCGACAGCAACUGAUGCUGAGAACAUCUGAUGAACUCAUGGUAUAGAAAUAGAUGAAAAAGCUGUAGAAUAACGAGAAAUAAUCAAGCGGAAGAUGCGCAGGAUAAAAAAACAAGCAUAAACAUAUACUAACAAUAGUUUAAGGUAGCUCAGAGAAACAGAAUUUAAUCUGAAACGAGAAACAAGAGAAACAAAAAAAAAAAGAAUCGAAGUGGAAGAUAUAUAAGAACCUCUAUUUUUCUUUUCGUUUAUUUUAUGUGUACUAUAAAUGUUUUACCGUUAAUUAAGGCUGUAACUAUGACAAUAAAACGAGUUGAAUAAAAAGACCUAAAAAGCGCAAA